GGGAGCGCGGGAGCGCAGAGUAUGGUCAGGCUGGCAAUGGAGAGGAAGGGAAAUUGUUUUUAUUUAUACAUUCAUUUUUAUUUUAAUCUAUCUUUGGAAACCUUGUUUUGAGAGAAUAUGGACAGGUGCCACGAAGUUAAAUUCCUGUUGAAACAAUGGGAGGCUUCAUUUUUUCAGGAGAAUCAAAGGAAACCAAACAAGGAGGAUGUGAUGGGAGCUCCAACAGAGAUCAAAAACCUAUACAGAGAAUACAAAGCAAUGAGAGAAACCAAGGAGCAGCGUCAAGGUCUCUCCGUUUCUGAAGACAUCUCCCAGAAAAGCACAGAGGAACCUGCAGCAACAGACAAGGUGACCGACUCCAGCUGCUGGGGAGCACACCUGAAUCGAAGCUUGGUGGCUCCGAAAGCAAGGCCACGGAAUCAGAACACGCUUCAAGGUUCGGCUCAGUACUUUGGCAUGAAGCUGAAAUGCAACCUGGGAACAGCUAUUAAGGAACGUCCUGUGAAUCUAAGGAAAUCCCUCACCCCAAGGAGGAGGGCCAUCACAUUCAUGGAGAAGAAUCCACCCCAGAUGGCAAAGGCUGCGUCUCCCAUCGCAGCAACGGACACUCUGCUAGAAAGUGAUACAGAGCAACUCCUGGAUCCUGAUCCCAUGGAAAUGGCUGCCCUUAUCCCUCCUGCCUUUGCAAGUUUGAGCCCUGCCCGGUUGCCUGUCGUUGAUGCCAAACCGAGGCUGUUGCCCCUUGGUAAGUUUCAGCAGCUGAAAGAGACAGUGACCAAGAGACUGACCAGCCUGGAUCCUGGUUGGCUGGAUAGGUGCGGAUUAAAGGCCGGAGUGGGACUAAUGGGAGAUGGCAACCAAGUCUCAGUGGAUAGGACAGACUCAAGCCAGGGCUCUCUGAAAAUCACUUAUCUGGAAAAUGGAGAGAAGAAAGGGGAGGCACGACAGAGGAGGCAAACUUAG